AAACACGGAUGAGAACCAAGAUGGCGGACUUCAAUUCCCCUCAAAAGCUGCUACGGGUGUCCCCGCCGCCUGAGGGAGUGGGAGGAGGUCGCUGCUCUGAAAUCUCCACCGAGUUCAUUCGCUCCCUGAGCGAGCUGCAAGAGCUGGAGGCUGUGUACGAACGGCUCUGCGGCGAGGAGAAAGUGGUGGAAAGAGAGCUGGAUGCACUGUUGGAACAGCAAAACACCAUUGAAAGUAAAAUGGUCACUCUCCAUCGAAUGGGUCCGAACCUGCAGUUGAUUGAAGGUGAUGCAAAGCAGCUAGCUGGAAUGAUCACCUUUACCUGCAGCCUAGCUGAGAAUGUGUCCAGCAAAGUUCGUCAGCUUGACCUGGCCAAGAACCGCCUCUAUCAAGCCAUUCAGAGAGCUGAUGAUAUCUUGGACCUGAAGUUCUGCAUGGAUGGCGUUCAGACUGCUUUGAGGAAUGAAGAUUAUGAGCAGGCUGCGGCCCACAUUCAUCGCUACUUGUGCCUGGACAAGUCAGUCAUUGAGCUCAGCCGGCAGGGCAAAGAAGGGAGCAUGAUCGAUGCCAACCUGAAAUUGCUGCAAGAAGCUGAACAGCGUCUCAAAGCCAUUGUAACAGAGAAGUUUGCUAUUGCCACUAAGGAAGGCGAUCUGCCCCAGGUGGAGCGCUUCUUCAAGAUAUUUCCUCUACUGGGUUUGCAUGAGGAUGGAUUAAGCAAGUUCUCAGAAUACCUUUGCAAGCAGGUGGCCAGUAAAGCUGAGGAGAAUCUGCUGUUGGUAUUAGGGACAGAUAUGAGUGAUCGAAGAGCUGCAAUCAUCUUUGCAGAUACGCUCACUCUCUUGUUUGAAGGAAUUGCCCGCAUUGUGGAAACACACCAACCAAUAGUGGAGACCUAUUAUGGACCAGGAAGACUUUAUACCCUGAUAAAGUAUCUGCAGGUAGAAUGUGACAGGCAGGUGGAGAAAGUGGUAGACAAGUUCAUCAAGCAGAGGAACUACCACCAGCAGUUCCGGCAUGUCCAGAGCAACUUGAGAAAUUCUGCCACGGAAAAAAUAGAACCAAGGGAACUGGACCCCAUCUUAACUGAGGUCACCUUGAUGAAUGCCCGCAGUGAGUUGUACUUAAGCUUCCUCAGGAAGAGGAUCAGCUCUGAUUUUGAAGUGGGAGACUCCAUGGCCUCAGAAGAAGUAAAGCAAGAGCACCAGAAGUGUCUGGACAAACUCCUCAAUAAUUGCAUUUUGAGCUGCACCAUGCAGGAGCUAAUUGGUUUAUACAUUACCAUGGAGGAGUACUUCAUGAGGGAAACUGUGAAUAAGGCUGUGGCUCUGGACACCUAUGAGAAGGGCCAGUUGACAUCCAGCAUGGUGGACGAUGUCUUCUACAUUGUUAAGAAGUGCAUUGGUCGGGCUCUCUCCAGCUCCAGCAUUGACUGCCUCUGUGCCAUGAUCAACCUUGCCACCACAGAACUGGAGUCUGACUUCAGGGAUGUCCUAUGUAACAAGCUGCGGAUGGGCUUCCCUGCCACCACCUUACAGGACAUCCAGCGUGGGGUGACAAGUGCCGUGAACAUCAUGCACAGCAGUCUCCAGCAGGGCAAAUUUGACACGAAAGGCAUUGAGAGUACUGACGAGGCCAAGCUGUCCUUCCUGGUGACUCUGAACAACGUAGAAAUCUGCAGUGAAAAUAUCUCUACUCUGAAGAAGACCCUGGAGAGUGACUGCACCAAGCUGUUCAGCCAGGGCAUUGGAGGGGAGCAGGCCCAGGCCAAGUUUGACAGCUGCCUUUCUGACUUGGCUGCCGUGUCUAACAAAUUUCGAGACCUCUUGCAGGAGGGGCUGACAGAGCUAAACAACACAGCAAUCAAGCCUCAGGUGCACCCUUGGAUCAACACCUUCCUUUCUGUGUCCCACAACAUCGAGGAGGAAGAAUUCAACGACUAUGAAGCCAAUGACCCUUGGGUACAACAGUUCAUCCUUAACCUGGAGCAGCAAAUGGCAGAGUUCAAGGCCAGCCUGUCUCCAGUUAUCUAUGACAAUCUGACCAGCCUCAUGACCAGCUUUGUGGCAGCUGAACUGGAGAGAGUGGUGCUGAAGUCCACCUUCAACCGGCUGGGCGGUCUGCAGUUUGACAAGGAGCUGAGGUCACUCAUUGCCUACCUUACCACAGUGACCACCUGGACCAUCCGAGACAAGUUUGCCCGGCUCUCCCAGAUGGCUACAAUCCUCAAUCUGGAGCGGGUGACUGAGAUUCUAGAUUACUGGGGUGCCAACUCUGGCCCAUUGACAUGGCGCCUCACCCCUGCUGAAGUACGCCAGGUGCUGGCCCUGCGCAUAGAUUUCCGCAAUGAGGACAUCAAGAGACUGCGCCUAUAGCUGCCAGGGUGAGCCCACCUGGCCCAUCACACUUCAGAGUCCAUUCCCUAAGUGGCCACAGCCAAGGAACUGAGCAAGGCUCUCUGGCAUGGGGGAAAGCCCAGACCAUUCCACCAUUGCCAACAGAAAUAAGGCAUUAACUAACUCCACUCUCUGCACUCACUUCUAGCUGGGUGGUGCUUUGGGAGCAGCCUCUCCCCACCAAGAGGUGGGUCCCCCUGGGCUCCUAAUGAGGUAGGAAAGUCAACUCCAGCCAGCCUUAUGCAUGGUGGUCAUGCUCUUAUCCCUGGACACUAGCAAACAGACUGCCUCCCUGCCAGCCCUAAAGGAUUUGGGUUCAUCUGGGAACCUAGGGUAUUAGGUUUACUCUAAGAGGGUAUGGUAUUUAUGACCACCCUGAUUAAAGAGACUCCUUGGAGAGAUGCCAGUGUGCUGUUUUCAGGAAGGGCUGGGUACUACAGGGCAAGGCAGGUCUACCAGUUCUACUGAAAAUGUGAAAAGAAAAACCUAAACCCUCAGCCUCCUCCCACACCCAAAGCAGCACACAGCUACUGCCAGGACCCACAUGAUAGAUUGUGACUCAUCCAAUCCUGGACCCUAAUUCCCAUCUUGGGCCCUCAGCUGCAUCAUCCUCACAGCAAUUUCUCACAGUGCCAGAGAAGGUGUGAAUUCCUCCUGGCAGAAACAGAACAGCCUUAUGAGGACAACGUUGAAGGGCAAAUUGAAUUUAUUCCAAGAAGGUCAUGGUCCUAAAAACCUAUUGUCCAUAGGCUCUGGGUCACUGGGCACAGUCCACAUUACUGGUUAAGGUCUGAGUUGGCAUGACUGGCUGUAUGUAGACUGCACUGGCUCACUACCACAGAUGUGGGUAUGGACCACACCUACUUCCACUCCCCCAUCAAGGCAUCCUGGGAGUGUUAAACAUGAAAUCUCUAUUCAGGCAAAAGCCUGACCUCUAAGGAAGGACACAGGAAGUGCCUCAAAGAGUCAGCCUUACCAAGGGACGCAGCCAUCUGCUAAAACAGGUUGUCAUCCCCUACUUCCAGGGCCCUCAUGGAGAGGAAAAGGUCACAGUCCCAGCUGAGCCAUGGGAUUUGUAAAGGCCACAAGAGAGACUGAGCUUAGGACCUUUGUAUGUUCAGAUGGAGCAGAGGCCAAGCCUAGGCCACUGUCAACCAGGAGGCCACAGUCCUGUUCCCCAGCAUGGUCUCUGCUUCACUAGGCUUCAAAAGGGGCUGGGCCCAAAGUCAGGUCAGCUUCCUUUGGGAGCAGAUUCACAGAGGUAGGCAGGGAGUAGGUGGCUGAGUGCUCUGAAAGGAGGGGCUGCUGUAGCUCCAGAUUUUGUCUUACAGAGGGACAGGCCUCAUGGGAAGGGGUAUCAGGUUGAGGUCUCACUCUCCAACAGCUGCAGGCUCAGGCCCUGGGUGUCCACUUCUACCAGGUGGAUGCUGUAGUUGCCGAGGCCCUGGGAGCAAAGGACAAGUGGUGUUUAGAGGGCUGUGGACAAAUCUCUGGCCUUCCGGAGGCUGAUCUGAGACUGCCACUCUAGCCCCUCAUUAGCCAGAAAGCCACAGUGAAACUCCUGCCCCUCACCAACUCCCAUACCCGACACUGUCAGGUACCUUAGUCUUGGCCAGCACAGCUUCCAGAGCCUCCUUUUGCCUUGGUUUCUUGGUCAGCAGGUAGAGAAAGCCCCCGCCACCUGCCCCUGCCAGGCUCUGGCCAUGCACAUGGGGGGCCAGGACAU